GAAGAGAAAAUGAUUGCAAGUUUUCUGAAGUUUUUGUUGUUGUUCGGGGUCGUGUUUCCUUGUUUAGUAUUAUCAGAAUUUUACUCCUCGGAAGCUGGGAGAGAUGAAUGGGAAAGAAUUGUUGGCGGUACAAAAGCGAAAAAUGGUUCUAUCCCGUACCAAGUUUCGUUGAGGAUUUGGGGUGUUUGGCACUUUUGUGGAGCGUCUUUAGUUACUCCUAGAGUGAUUCUUACGGCUGCCCAUUGUGUUGACAGAUUAAAACCAGAAUACUUCCAAGCCGUAGUAGGCACAAACCAACUAAGGUCUGGAGGUAAAGCAUAUCCCAUUCGCAAGGUAGUUCGCCAUGAGGAGUAUGAUGAUGACGUCAUCAAGAACGACAUAGCCAUAGUGUUCACUAAAGAGGAGAUUGAGUUUGGAGACACGGUGGAUGCUAUAGAGUUGAAUGACGAACCAGUUGAGAAGGGAGAGGAUUUAAUUCUGACCGGAUGGGGCACCACUUCUUACCCUGGUCGUCUACCAAACGACCUGAUGCAGUUGGAAUUGAAGGCCAUCACUUAUGAAGAGUGCAAGGAGGCUCAUAAGAACAUUAACCCUGUUUUUGAGUCGCAAAUAUGUGCUCUAACUAAAGCAGGAGAAGGGGCUUGUCAUGGCGACUCAGGCGGCCCGUUAGUAAGAGAGCUUCGCCAAGUGGGUAUCGUAUCAUGGGGCAUCCCCUGUGCUCGGGGCAAGCCUGAUGUUUAUACUAAGGUGGAGGCAUUCAUGCCUUGGAUCGAGAAGACCUUGAAUGACGACGACGAAGACCAUUGGAAGUACCUCAACAAAAGGAGGAGGACCAAUCGACACUUUUAGAUGUGCUUAGAGGAGUGGUCCCCAAUCGGUGAUACAUUUACCCCUGGAGGUAUAUACGUGGUCCCCAAUUAGUGGUAUACUUACCCCUAGAGGUAAAUAAAUGUGCCCCAAUUAGUGAUAUACUUACCCCUAAAAGUAAAUAAAGUGGUCCCCAAUUAGUGGUAUACAUACCCCUAGAGGUAAAUAAGUUCUCCUCAAUUAGUGGUAUACUUACCCCUAGAGGUAAAAAAGUGGUCUUCUCCUCAAUUAGUGGUAUACUUACCCCUAGAGGUAAAUAAAUGGGCCCCAAUUAGUGAUAUACUUACCCCUAAAAGUAAAUAAAGUGGUCCCCAAUUAGUGGUAUACUUACCCCUAGAGGUAAAUAAGCCAUAUAGGUUAGCCUAAGAUAAGAAUUAUAUCUUUUUUGCAAUUUGAG